AUGUGUCUCAUCGACCCGGUGCUGUCGCUAUCGGACGCGCCAGACCUCCAUCACUGUGGUGGUAACGGGGUCGGGCACGGGGCGGCCAACACCAACCUCACCGUGGGGUCAGAGACCCCGGUGGACGCGUUCCCGCCCAACGAUAUGGGCUUCUGCGACACCCGCGGCAACGCGUGGGAGUGGUGUGAGGACCACUUCUCGGCUCUGGAAGGCUUUUCGAUCAGCCCGCUCUACGAGGACUUCUCCACCCCUUGCUUCGACGGCGAGCACCACAUCAUCGCGGGCGGGAGCUUCGCCAGCACCGGCAACGAGGCGAGCGUCUUCGCGCGGUACCACUUCCGCCCCCACUUCCGCCAGCACGCCGGUUUCCGGCUGGUCGCUCCGGAGCGAAAGGAGGAGGCGACGCGCUUCGUGACAUCUUGCACAGAUGCUCCCAGACCGUUCGUCGGAAGCUACCCUUUCCGCACCGCGGACAAGGGGGCGUCGGCCUCGUCCUCCGGGUGGGUAAAGCGCGAGGCUCAAGCCGAGAGAAGCUUCGCCGCGAACGUGGCGAUGCACUUCGCGGUGCCCGAGGUAGCCCGAGAAGACGCCACUGUCGCGGAAGGGUUGCAGUACCCGCAAAGGUGGGCGUUUUCUCGAGGAGAGAGGUGGUGCGCGAGGAUCGUGCUGCGCGCCCUCGACGGCGUGCUCCCAGCCGGAGAGGCCCACGUGGUUGAAGUCGGAUGCGGCGCGGGCGGAGGGUCGUUUGAGCUCUCCAAGGUUGUAGGGAAAGUCGUAGCGCUGGAGGCCAACAAGAGCCUCAUCGACACCGCAUCGAAGAUGGCGAGGGAAUCCAGGCUGACCGUCACCUACCCAUCGGGGGGUGCGAGGAGCGUGGCCCGGGAAGUCUAUCUCGACGGGGAGGCGAACCCGGAGAGGAUAACGUUCAAGCAGUGCGACCCGAUGUGCCUCCCGGCAGGCUUGGCCGGGCUAGACGCGGCCCUAAUUCACAGCACGAUCGACGCCAUCCCUUCCCCGAACGGGCUCCUGGGUCGGAUGGGAGGGGCCAGGGGCAUCGUGAGGGAGAACGGGGGCGUGGCGGUUGUGGUGUCGGCGUACGAGUGGAAUGAGGACGUGACCCCAGAGGGGGCGUGGGUGGGCGGUUACCUUGACGAUGACGGCAACGAGGUCCCCUCGAUCCAGGGGCUGUCGAGAGGGCUGGGCGAGGAUUUCAAGCUUGUCCAUGUGGAAAGGGUGCCGUGCAUGCGGCCGCUGACAGACCGCACUUUCGAGUAUGCGUCCGCGGAGGCGACGGUGUGGCGCAGAGACUGACGCCCCGACGUUGGUCGUUUUUUUUUUUUUUUUGCCUAACGCCCGGGGGUUGGUCAUAUUUUAUUCUUGCCUUGGCAUCCGCGGGUGGGUCUUGAAAACGCGCGCUCGAUGGAUAGAUACAUGGUUUCGAUGCCCGCUUGUAGUUGUCUGUUGAAUUUUUGUCGCGUCUAGUUCUAGGUGUCCGAUACUCGUCAAUUGUAGCCGGGUGUGUGCCAGGGUGCUUGACCAAAUUAACAAAAUGUGGUUCGAUUAUCCCCCUUGCGCGGAGUGAGGCUUCUCCACCCCGUACGAGAUGAUCCACUCGACCACCAUUCAUUAUGGAUACCGCCAAAAAAAAUCAGAGGUAAAGAAAAAAACCCGGCAAUCUGGUUGCCGAGUUCACGAAGUGAAUUGGCGUGUUUUAUGACGUCGUUGCCAAGCGACGACAACCCAAUCCCGAUGGCAAACACCUAUGGCAAACACCGGGGGGAACAGAGGUUGAGGGGGGGGGCUCAAAGCGGUACCCAAGUGGAGAUAUCGUCUACGGGCGAUCAGGUGGGAAGUGAUGCUGCGGAAUGUUUCUAUGUGUACGCCUUUGGUGCAGUUGUCUCGGUGAAUUGAGUACACAAUACUGCUGGUCCUUGGAAGCUCUGCCGACUCUGCUACAGAGAUAACUUCCGCAUUUGGAUGGAUGAAUGGCUGGGGAAAAUCGCACCAGGCUCUAUUGGAGCGCGGCAGUGUUGUGAAAAUCGUGUUGCUCCCGGGUCACCCGACGGUGCCCGUAUGCAUAUUUUGCAGAAAAUUGAAGUAACCCUCACUGAGGAAUGUUGUAUUUGUCGGGGUCCUGCGCGGAUCCAAACCUUCUUUGUCUCUUUGAUGCAUGAUGCAGUCUAUGCACAGGUGGUACACAGGCUGUUUCUAGGAUGCCUUCCGUGCUCUUUCCCACACUUCUUGCGCGCGAUUCACUUUGCAUGCUGCCUGUUUCGCCCGUGAAAACGAGUGCUUGGCAAGGACCGCUAGACUAUGUAGGUUGCGACGUUUUGGACUAGACUAACAAGUCUUUUGUUCUGAAGCAUACAAGUGGCGGAAGGGCGGCUGUUCUAGCUUUUUACGUGUCUCUGUUAAAAGCGGGAAUGAACCGUCAUCUACGAUCUGAUCUGAUGUUGGGGAGGAUAGGACGAGACCCUAAGCGUGAGGUUUCUUGUGCAGCAGGUGUUUGCUGGUGAAAAAACGG